UUUCUAACAGAUAUCAACGAAUGUGAAUUUCCUACUGCUUGCCACAAAGAUGCAUAUUGCAAUAAUUAUAGAGGUUCUUACAAUUGCACUUGUGUGUCUGGAUACAAUGGCAAUGGAACAGUCUGCUUAGGUAUCUACAACGGUAAUUCGCGUCUGCAUGAAAUCAGAGAUUUUUAUAAAGUCAAUAUAAUACCGAUGCAGCCUGAUAGAUCAUACGAAAAAUGUAGCUUAUUGGAAUGUUACAAUGAAUUUCCUUGAUUUAAAAGAAUCACUUUGAGUGCUCCACCAAGGACCUUCUUUGUGAUACCUUCGGCCAGGUUGAGAACCCUCGACCAUUCUAAGUCCACGGUAAAAACACAUCAGAAUUAUUUGUUACAUUUUUUUAUUUUUAAAAAAGCAAAUAAUUUGAAAGAAAACAAUUUUGUUUCCCUGUUUUAGGGCCAGAAAAAUGCAAAGCACCACUCGACCUUAUAUUUUUACUGGACGCAUCAGGGAGCGUUGAUGCUAGUAACUACAUCAAAGAGAAGGAAUUCAUAAAGGUCGUUGUCAGCAGAUACGAUGUAGAGACCGUGAAUAAAGCCGCUGUUAUAGUAUUCAGUGAGGCAGCCUCGAACGUAAUUCCAAUGGGCUCAGAGACAACACCUUUAUCCUUCGCAUUGGCUGUAGAUGAUAUCCCUUAUGAUGCAAGUUACACGCGUAUUGAUCUCGCCCUUCGGCUGGCUUACGAUGAAUACUUUUCAGGAAAAAAAACACGGAUGAGACUCAGAAACUAA